CUUCUCCUCCUCCUUGUUGUCCAAUCCAACCCGGAAGCCUCUCUCUCUCUCUCUCUCUCUAAUUUCGUGGUUCUGGGAACCGGGACGUCGAAUUGAGGCGUCGGAGAUGUGGAAUUAGGGUUCCUAACGUUGGUUUGCCGAGUCGGAUAAACAUGCUGUCAGGAUCUCCUUCCGAGAAGGGUCUGCGCAACGGGGGCAGAGACGGGUGCGGGAGGACGCAUCUCUACUUGAAUGUUUAUGAUCUCACACCGAUAAACAAAUACCUGUACUGGUUUGGGCUCGGAGUCUUCCACUCUGGGAUCGAAGUUCAUGGACAGGAGUAUGGAUUUGGAGCACAUGAUUACCCGUCUAGCGGAGUCUUUGAGGUGGAACCGAAAAGCUGUCCUGGUUUUAUCUUCAGACGUUCUGUGUGGCUGGGUACCACUGAUAUGUCUCGCUCAGAGUUCCGCAUACUUAUUGAAGACCUUGCGGGGAAAUAUCAUGGUGACACCUACAAUUUGAUCAUAAAAAACUGCAAUCAUUUCACAGAUGAAGUUUGCAUGCAUUUGACCGGAAAGUCUAUUCCUGGAUGGGUGAAUAGACUUGCCAGAUUAGUUUCAGGAUCAUUCUUUCGCUGUAUUAUCCCAGAAAAUAUUCGGGUUUCAGCAGUCGGACAAUUACCAACUCAUCCAACUUGUUUUGAAGAUGACUUCGAUUCAUUUUCUUCGUCAUCAAUCGAGGACAGUGAUGAGGAAGAUGCAGAUCAUCACCUCAUAAAGCGACCAAACAUUGAUUUUGUGCAUUCAAGUGAUGAGCCACUGAGGCUUGCAAGGGAUGUCAUGUGACUUUUUUGCCUGCUUCCUUGUCUUUGCAUCUGUUUCUAAUUUAACCAUCAGUUUUACAUGUAAAAAAUUGUUUGUAAUCAAUCUUCUUUGUGACUCAUGUUACAAAGUAUUCACAUCUACUGUGUUCUAUUGUAUUCUUUUCAAAUAUAUGAAGCAUGGAUGCCUUGUCUGGCCUUCUGCGGCUUCUUCUUUAUCA